AUGAACGCGGUUUAUAAUACUCGGGCACUCAACCGCGAUCAUGACUUCCUCGAAGAUUACGAGGAUAUCGACGAUGAAGCAGACGUUGAUGACCAAUUGAAUCUGUUACAGUUGAACAACUCCUUCUUUUGGACAUAUAACCUCUCGGAAAGCUGGAACCUGACCCUUGCGGAUGUCUUCACCUAUGGAGAGCAGGAUGAACGCUAUAUAACACCUCCGAAAGAGGAAGAUAGCUACGAUUUUGAAACCCAAGCGUUGACGAACACCGUCGUUGCAAAUCUGAAAUUUAUCACAAAUCCCAAUGCCUACCACUACAAGGAAGUCAAUCUUUAUGCUGAACGGAUUGAUGGUACAACAGACCUUUAUCAACAAGCACUCUUCCCAAAUCUGAACCGCCAAGGUCAGGAGGGAGAAGGUGAUGCGAGUUCUACAGCUUUUGGGGUGAAUUGGGACGUAUUCACGGAUGUCAAUCUGUGGUUGGAAUACACGGAUUUGAAUCCGGCGGAGACGAGUCGUAAUUUUGUGCGUCGUUAUUUUGAUGCUUCGGGUAAUCUCUACGAGGUCUUUAGCAGCAGCAACCGGGCGAAACAGUUCGUGGGUGAAUUGACGGUUAAGUUUUAG